AUGAACAAUGAAAAAAGCGAGACUAUUGUACAUUAUGUUUCAGAACAAACUAGGUUCAUAAUAAGGGAUGCUGACGAGAAACAAAGUACCAUUGUACAUGCGCCAAUCAAGAAGGGGCUUGAAGGUCUGGGAUUGGUGGUCAUUCAGAAUGGAUGUUUUCUGCAAAUUAUCACAGUUAUUGAGGAUGGACCUGCGGACAAAUCAGGAAUGUUGAAGCCAGGGGACAUCAUAGCUAAAAUCGGAAAGACAAAUGUCCUGGGCUACAAGCUGCGGGACCUGUGCGAUUUAAUAGAGAAAAUUCCAAUGAAAACUGAAGUGGAGGUUACUGUAUACAGAAACUACCUUGAACUCCCGGAUGACUGGGAAAAUGAAAUUGAAAACUUAAAAUCAAUAGUACGGUAAGGUGCAGAGCCACCAGCAGCAGACAGCAAGCAAAUUCAAGUUUGUCGAUAGUAGAAGUUCCACAUUAAAAAUGGUG